AUGGAUUUCAUGCAUGCGAAGCUAGAGAACUUCUUGGCACAUAUCUGGUGGCUGGCAAUGAUUGGUAGAGUACCUACCAAGAUUCCUGAUUAUGACUCGCCUAAACCUAAUACACAGUCCAAAGCAGGUGCCGCAUUCAUGAAAACUGAGAAGCUCCUCCGAGAUCGUUGGAAAGUGUAUCGUAUACACCUUGCUCGGCAGGCUGGCAGUAAUGUGGAUCCCAAGACUUUUGAAGAUGACAAUUUGACCAUGGACAUGAAUUACCUCCAUCAUUUCAAGGUGGUUCUUGAUGCCUGUGCAGCCAUUCAUAUUUGGACGGUCUGGUCUACAAGUUUUGGCUUUUUGGGCCAGAAGCCAACAAUGGUUGACUCGUGA